UAAUCAUAUAUAAAUAGCAUCGUUUACAUUUAUAGGUUGAUUAACAAGUUGUUCAAGACUAUAGUUGAGAGUUCGUAGCCUCUAGUUUGAUGCUAGGGAAGAAUGAGUAGUCAAGAACUGGUCACUUUGAACGUGGGAGGGAAGAUAUUCACAACAAAGAUUUCUACCAUAAAGCAGUUUCCUGCCUCUCGAUUAGCACAAAUGGUAGAUGGCCAAGACCAAGAACUCAAGAUGGUCGGUGGCCAGAUUUUUGUGGACAGAGAUGGUGUUUUAUUUAGUUUCAUCUUGGAUUUCUUGAGAACUCACCAGCUUUUGUUACCCACUGACUUUUCAGACUACCUUAGGCUUCAGAGAGAGGCUCUUUUCUAUGAACUUGAUUCACUGGUUCAUCUCUUAAACCGACACCUGCUACAGAAAGGACCUGCUGUCUUGGAGGUGCACUUCCUAAGCCGAAACACUCAAGCAUUUUUCAGGGUGUUUGGCUCUUGCAGCAAAACAAUCGAGAUGUUAACUGAGAAGAUUACAGUGUUUAUAGAGCAACCUUCAGCACUCACCUGGAAUAGCAACUCCUUCCCCCCGCAGGUGACCUUCCUUCCACUGCCUCCACAAAGACCUUCUUACCACGACCUGGUUUUCCAGUGCGGCUCUGACAGCACUCCUGAGAACCAAACUGGAGUCAGGUAUGUUUCUAUAAAACCUGAUAAUCGAAAAUUGGCCAACGGAACAAAUGUCCUCGGCUUACUGAUUGACACCAUAUUGAAAGAAGGCUUCCAUCUGGUCAGCAGGACAGUAUCAUCCGAAGACAAAAGUGAAUGCUAUAGCUUUGAAAGAGUAAGAAGCCCUGAAGCAUUUGCCAUGAACAAAACACCAAAAUCAGAGAUGACCAUCAUGUCAGAGCAAUCUCAGAAAAAGACAUAAAGUUGUGUGUACUGAGUAAAGGAAAACUGUCAUUUUCUUGUUUAGAAACUCUCUCCUUGGGCAUAGAUGUACAUAGUCAAAUCUUUACUCAGGCUUUUUGGCCUCCUAUUAUGCCACCUCUGGGCAAUCAGGCCCCUAGCAGUGCUUAAGCUACCCUGAAUGCUCUGCUGAUCUCAACAGCAUGUGCUGAUGAUAAUCACAGGUUCCUUCUACCAUCAAAGCCAGUUUGCCUUUCUUGAACAGUGAACACAGCUUUCAGAGACAGGUUCUGGAGUCAGACUGCUUGUUUCUAAUCCCAGAUAAGUCACCUAUUAGCUAUGUGCUUCAACUUCUUCAUCUGGCACAUAAGUAUAAUGAAGAUAUCUCCCUCAAAGGAAAUGUGAGGAUUAAGGCAGGGGAUUAAUGCCUGGCAGAGGCUGGGCAUUCAGUAAACUGUUGAUGAUGUGAUAAUGAUGAAGAAAAUGGAUGGCCCACUUUCAUUUGAACCUCUUUUGUGUGGCCUUUUUUUUUCUUCCUUUCCUAUGGAUAUUAGUUAAUCCUUUCUUCUGUAUAGACUUUAUAUGCCAUCAUAAAACAAACUUAUUCAGUUGAAUGUGAGCUUCUCGAACCACUCAAUAGUUUUUAACGCUAUUAUAAGUGACAUACCAUGCUUACCACUUAGAAUGCUGUUGUUAUUAAGUAGUACCUAAAUUUAGUGAUCAGUUUGGAAAACCUCUGUCAACAUUUAAUAUACACAUUCUUAGUGUCAUUUGAAAAACUAGGAUAAACAUCUAGAAGAGGAAUCACUAAGUCAAAGUGUGCAAAGUACUUUGCACAUAGUAGAGUUAAAAGCUGUUGAGUGUGGGGCUGGCGAUGUGUAGUAGGUUAAUCCCCUGCCCGUGGUGCCAGCAUCCCAUAAGGAUGUCAUUUUGUGUCCUGGCUGCUCCAUUUCUGAUCUAGCUCCCUCCUAAAGGCGUAGGAAAAGCAGGAGAUGGCCCAAGCCCUUAGGUCCCUGCCAUCCAUGUGGGAGACCCAGAAGAAGCUCCAGGCUCCUGGCUUUGGCUUGGCCCAGAUCUGGCCAUUGAGGCCAUUUGGGAAAUGAACUAGUGAAUGGAAGAUCAUC